AUGAAAACUUUCACAUUAUAUGACCAGACAGGAGCUAAUGCAUCUGCAGCUGAUGAAUAUGCUGUGGUAAAAAGGCAAUCAGAUGGAAUAAGCAUCUUGCUAAUUAUUUUUCUGUCUUUAAUGGUGGUGCUUAUAGUUAUAGGUAACAGUGUUGUUAUAUUGGCUUUCAUUGUGGACAGGAGACUCAGAACUCGCAGUAACUUCUUUCUUUUAAAUCUGUCCAUGUGUGAUUUUUUAGUAGGAGCCGUCUCUAUUCCCAUGUAUAUACCAUAUAGGGUCACUGGCAAAUGGCUGCUUGGAAAAUUUCUCUGCAAACUGUGGAUAACCAUUGACUUCACAAUAACAACUGCUUCUGCCUACAGUGUCGUUCUCAUCAGUUAUGACAGAUUUCUUUCUGUUAACAAUGCAGUUGUACAUCGUUCUCUACAGAAUAGACACCGACAGACAGCACUUAAUAUGAUCCUCGUUUGGAUACUUUCAUUCCUUGUCUAUGGACCAGCAGUUCUUCUGUGGGACAUCAUUACUGGCACCAGUCAUCUCCAAGGGGACAGCUGUCAUGCUGGGUUUCUUGAUAUAUGGUAUUAUACUCUUGGUGCAUCUACUUUAGAUUUCAUGUGCCCACUUCUCAGUAUUUCAUUUUUCAAUUUAAGAAUCUACCUAGGAAUUAUAAAACGAAGCUCUAAGAGACAAAAUUGUUCCAUGUCUAGUUCUUUGCCAUUUAGCAUAUCAAACAAUACUGUUCAUCCAUUACCACAGACAAAUGAGAAACGGGAAAAUAUGUCCAUAUAUCCAUUCACGGAUGUUAAGAUCACUUCAUCCACUACCCAGAACUCAGAAAGAUGUAACAUGCACAAUAUUAAUGAUAAACUCUCCCAGGACAAGAAGGCUGCAAAAUCUCUUGGAAUUUUGGUUUCUGUUUUUUUUCUAUGCUGGACUCCUUAUUCAUUGCUUGCGAGUAUCCGUGCUGUCUGCCAUGGAUCCAUUAUCAAGACUGAUCCAUAA